UUUCAACAGUCAGAUUGUCUAUGGUAGGAUGGAAUGUUUAUGUUUUGAUUUGAAAUCGUUCCUUCAAAUGAUUCAACUUUCAAUUGUUUUUAGACAAAAAUGUGCCAGUUGUUGGUGAAAAUUGUUGAUUUUUUGGGUUGAAUUGAAUAACUGACAAUGACGGAGGAGCAGCCUCCACUGAUGCUCUGCUUAGAGAAUGCGGCCGGUGAGGAGGUGUCGCUCAACAUUGAACCUAACGACGACUUCCACUCCUUCCUGAUAAAGGCCAAUGCAUUACUUGGUUACGAAGUAGACCUAAAUUCAUUAACCAGAAACAAGCCGGUGGCCUUAACAGACAAUAUUUACCAAUUCCUGUUAAAUUCUGAAAACGGCCUCCUAGAAUACCCUAUGGGACAAACAUAUGAUCAAAUGUUAGAACCAAGCGAUGCCAAUGAUGGCUUAGAAUAUGUCCUAGGCGAUGGAACACAAAUCAAAGCUUCACAGAUCCAUUUCGACAAUGAGGAUCCACCUUUUGAUUUUGUAGCAGAAAAAAUACCAUUUGUUAAAUAUGUUGAUGAUUAUAUAGAUGAUGCUGAACCAUCAAACGAAAUUAGCACGAAAAUGAUCAAUAUAGUCGCUAGCCCUGUGUCUAAAUGGCCAAGUGCGUCAAGCCCAAAAAAACCAUUCAUAAACAGCAUACCUUUUAAACUGGUUAACAAUAAUGCUUCAGGAUUUGCAGCACAAUUCCACAAAUUCGUAGAAUCUAGUAUUGAUAAAACAUUUACGCCGCUUAAUCCAGUUACAACUAGAAAUAAGUCUCCGAGAAGUCUUAUUAGAGACAACUAUAAUAAAUAUGAGGACAACAUUUAUAAUAAAAAUGAUUUCAUAACACGAGAUGAAGUUUUAAAUAUGUUUAAAGAUACUCCGGUAGUACCUUAUGAGAGUCAAAGCUUCAGUGAUAAGAGGAGACGCAAAACUGACCCUUCACGCCCUAUUAAUAAGACUGCGAAUGCUAAAACUAUGCCGUACAUAGAUGUGGAUGGUACUUUAAUAGGUCAAAAUGAGAGCCGGAACUGCUUCAUCUGUGAGAAAUUCGUUAAUAACAAUAUGGAUAAGCUUUAUUUAUUUGACAAUGAAGAUCAGAAACUACACAGAUCAUCUCCGCAAAAGAAAUUAUCCACCCAAUUGAAAAUUAUCUGUGAACAAUGCUUAGACAAUAAUUUUAAACCAUCUAGAUUAAAAAGCCCCAGCAAAAAUCUAAAUCCAGACGAAUAUUUGGUAAUUAGGAACAACCAGCAGUAUAUAUUUCAGAAAACAAAUUCCAUAGACUUUAAAAAUAUAAAAAGCAGUUUCGUGAACAUUGGUGAAGCAACAGCUAUAAUAGAUAAAAUAGAAACAGAAAUCUUGAAAGGAAAUCAAGUGAAACAAACUGAUUUUGUCAAAGUUGAAAUCGAUUCGAAUGGAGAAAUCAUAUCUAAAGAUGAUGCGAAAGAAUCAAAUUCAGAAUCAUAUAUUUUCAAAGAUGGCAGCUCUAGUGAUGUUGAAAUAAUUGAGGGACCGGAAAUAGACGAUGUCAUAGACAAUUUAGAGGAAGCCGAUGAGGAAGUAAAGGAGUUUUUAGGGAUGUAUCAGAGUGACAAUAAUGAUAUUAGUGAACUUAAAUGCAGGUUUUGCGAGCGCGUCUUUACAGAGUUGGCUGAGUUGAUGGAGCAUGGUGACGUUCACAAACACGUGACGGAAGAUGGCGAGGUGUACCCGUGCCCUUUGUGUUUUUACGGAUACGCCAAUUUUAAAUGGCUUAAAGGCCAUCUUAAAGCAGCCCACGAUAAACCUAAGAAGUCUCCAGCAGAAGGCACUAACGAGGAUGCAAAUGAUGAAUCGCAGUCACCAUCUGAGCAGUCGCCAGUGGCUAAAAGAACUAGGAGUAACGAUAAGAAAAAUACCGAGGGCGACAAAGAUGAUGCAGUAAAGUCAGAGGAUGAACCUACAAAAUCGGUGGAACCUGAAAAUGAUAAAGAGGAGUGCAAAAUGGAAAUUAAGUUGGAAAUAAAGCAGGAAGCGUUAGAUACCAGCGACGAGGAAGCGAUAUGGAUCGUGCAUACUGACGACACGCCGGCCGAUCAGCUGCACUCCCUUCUGCAUGGUGAUGAAAAAAGCAAAGAUGCAGUGUUCAAGAAACCGCAAAAAUGUGCCAAAUGCAGUCAGAUCAUGGUGGAUAUGUCCACGCAUAAAUGCAAGAAGCGAGCCCGGAAACGAAAGUGCUCGGGCAAGGACGAAAACGUCACUUUAUCCUCUCAGAAGGACGGUGUAAAGAGGCCACAAGGUAGACCGAGACAAGGCACGGACUCUGGUGACAAUGAUUUACUGGUACCCAGGCCUCGUAAGAAGAAAGCCGCAGAGCCGACAUCGGAUCCCCAGAUCAUGACGUGCCAUAAUUGCAAUGAGUCCUACACGUCCAAAGUACGCUUGAAGUUUCACAUGCAAUUCCACGACAAGACAGAGAUGCUGAACGCCAACGGGCAGUACACGUGCCUCGAGUGUCCCGGGGUCACUUUCACGACAGAGACGGAGCUAUUCGACCACGUGCACUUCCAACAUGACAAGCAGAACCGCUAUCAAUGCCCUGUCAAGGAUUGUGGGAAGACAUUCUUUCUCAGAGCGUCUCUGACGAAACACAGCCGCACGCACACAGACACACGGCGCUACGUUUGCGGCACUUGCGGCAAGAGGUUCCUGGACAAACAGACUUUGGACGAACACGGAGUCACACACUUACAAAUCAAACCAUACCAAUGCCACAUCUGCAUGAAGCAGCUGACUCGCCGCUCUCGCUUGCGCAUGCACAUGCGCGCGCACGAGGAGUCGCUCUGUCCCGCUCUAGUGCCCGUCUGCGCCGCCUGCCGCCGCGCCUUCCAGAACGUUCCUGCGGCUGUGGAGCAUGUGAAGAAGUCACCAGAGUGUCUGGGGGCAUUCGCGUGCGAUUUGAACGAAGAUGAAAAGCCGGCCGCCGUGUUGUCGCCCACUAGUGGACUAGUUCGACCCACGCUGGAAGAGCCACCGGGCCAACAGUUCCGCAUAGAGCGCGAAGCCCAGUGCGCGGGCGCCGCCGCGCUGCUGGCGCCGCUCCCCGCGGCCCUGCGCGCCGCCGUGCGAGCCGUCAAAGUGGACAAGGCGUUCCGGUGCGAGUUCUGCGAGGACGUGUUUUACCUGGAGGAGGAUUUGAACAGCCACCGAGCUAUCCAUAAAGGGGUCAAGAAUCCUUUCACUUGCCACAUCUGCAAAGUCAGUUUCGCCACAUAUUCUAGAUGUACAACACACAAAACUACCCACGGCUUUUACAAGCGCCCUCUAGCGGACGUGAAGAGCGAGGGGCCGAGCCGAGCGGACUCCGGCCCGUCGGCGCGCGGCGUGCUAGGCUACGGGGGGUUCCCUGUCGUCAAACAUUUCCUGUGUGAGGACUGCGGGCGGUCAUAUCUGCACUGGACGUACUUGCAAGUGCAUCGGAGGAUGAAACACGCUAAUGAGAAUUUCAUCUACAAAUGCAUACACUGUGAGGAGACCUUCCCUAAUAGUUGGAGCGUGGCGUACCACAGAAAGAAGGUGCACGGCAAACCGACAGACAAGGGCAACGGAGCCACCAAAACUGUCCACACCGACUACAGAAUCCCAUGCCGCGACUGCGACGAAGUUUUGCCAAACAAAACUGCGCUCUAUAAACAUAGGAAGAAGGAGCACAGUUACGUGGCAUUGCCGAUCAAUGAUAAUCAAGGGUUGGGUGGUCAGCCGCACACGGAGGCGCGUGCGGCGUGCACGCACUGCGGGCUCAGCUUCCCCGCAAACCUGCUCUCACACCAUCUCAAAGAGGUCCACGGGCAAGAGGCGCAGUACCCGGCCACCCGGUCACACACCUGCACCGUUUGUGGCCACGCCUUCCGCACUGCGUCCAUGCUUAAUGAACACUCCAGGAUUCACACCGGAGAGCGGCCGUUUCCUUGCGACGUGUGUGGGGUGGCUUUUAGAAGAGCGACGGCGAUGCGCAACCACCGUCUGAUCCACACGGGCGUGCGAGCGUGGGGCUGUGCGCGCUGCCCGAAGCGUUUCCGGAUCCGGUCCGACCUCAACACGCACUCGAGACUCAAGCAUCCCUUGCAUUUUGCUGUCAUCGAGGUGCCCGGCCUGGAGCCGAGCCCGGAGCAGGUGGCGCAGGCGCUCGCCGUGAACAAUAUCGCCCGAGAGAGCGUCCUAGAAAUCACUAAGGUUUCCUUCCCCAAGGGCGCGCGCCACGUGGUGCCGGCCGGCGCGCGCGCGCUGGCGCUGCUGGCGGCGGCGCGCCGCCCCGUGCCCUGGGCGCGUCUCCCCCACCACCACCACCACCACCACGACGACUACGCCGCCGAAAGGGACUUCCAUCCGAAAAAGAAAGAACCACCGCCCGGACCCGAAGAACCCAAAGAAGAGAGAAAGGGAGCUUUUGAUAAACAGAGCACUGCUAUAUUGCUACAAGACCUGACAGGCUUGAACGUCGAGAUGCUACUCCAAGACAACCUGCUCGAGCAAUCCGCGCUCGGCGCUCGACAGAUGCUCGACCCCAUGCUACUGUUCAACACCCCGCCACAGCAGAUGCAGGCUGACAUAGCGGAAAUGGCGAGCAUGCCAUACGCACGACGCGGCCGCGGUAUCGCCAGGAACACUCGCUUCUUGGGCCCCCCCUCACAAGUACAGGACCUGACAGGCUUGAACGUCGAGAUGCUACUCCAAGACAACCUGCUCGAGCAAUCCGCGCUCGGCGCUCGACAGAUGCUCGACCCCAUGCUACUGUUCAACACCCCGCCACAGCAGAUGCAGGCUGACGUCAACCAUUAAACUUUUAGACGCCAAUGACCGAUAUAUCCGCACCGCAGGUCCAACGCCAAAGACGGAUUAAUCGGUGACAGACCACAGAGCAACAUAUACCUACGUACACUUCAGUGACGGGGUGUCCGAGUGACAGCUUUUGUGUUUGACACGGCGUCGAAAAGAAGGCUGUGUGUGUGGCGCCUGCCUGGUGGCUUGUAUAGGGAGUCGCAUUUGUCAAGCCUAACGGUUGUAUAGGGUAGGGAGUCAAUGUAACAUAAACUAGUUUCAGUCCC